CGUUGCAAUAUGUAAAAUCUAGAUAGGACAUAUCUCUCUAUGUGUGAUAAAUAAACCGAAAGAAAGAUAAAAAUCAAAUCGAGAUCGUUCCUUAAGUUUUCGAGAGAGAGUCACUAUAAUACUACUAGUACCGACUUUGGCUGUUUUUUUACCUCCCUCCAAUACUCUCCACCUCAGAGCCAACAUCAUCACUAAAAGCAAACCAUCAAGCUCGACUUACCAUCACAAAACCAUUCGGAGUAUAUAUCUUGUUUGCUUUUUAAAAUAGUAAAUAUUAUUUAUUUUCUCGCUGCAUGGGAGGCUUCAACUCUCGUAACAUGGACUUCGAUCAGGACCCAACCCUGGCCGCGGUCUUACAAUAUUUGAUACGAAGUGGACAAGUACAUAUCAUAGCUUCGAAUCAUGAUGAUUCUGAUGAAGAAUAUGCAGCAAACUUACUGCCACCAAAAAUCAUGUCUUUACCGAACACGUCAAGACUUGAUCAAAGUGAAAUAAGUUUAGCAACUAAGCAGGGAUGUGGCCUUAGAGAUAAUUCAGGCAACAGAAAUCUAUCUAUUGCAUCGAUGAUUCAAAAGAGAUCCCUUGGUUUUGGUUUUAGUAUAGGUGAAAAAUGUAGAAUAAGCAGCAAUUUCUUACCUAACAAGCCACGUCAAGUAGCAAAAUAUGAUAGCAAAGUGUUCUGUGGUUCCUAUUCGAAAGAUGGAAAGUUCUUCCUUACAGCAAGUCAAGAUAAACUGUUACGUCUCUAUCAUACUGAUGAUGGAAAAUUUGUGGAAUUUAAAAAAAUUUCAGCACGCGACGUUGGCUGGAGUAUCUUAGACACAGCAUUUAGUCCGGAUGGAAACUAUAUCGUGUACUCAAGUUGGUCUGAAUGCUUAUAUCUUUGUCCUGUUUAUGGAGAUUCUAAUACACAAGAAUCAUUAUCAUUGUGUCCUGGAGAUCGAAGAUUUUGUAUAUUCUCUUUAGUCUUCUCUAGUGAUGGUAGAGAAAUUUUAGGUGGUGCUAAUAAUGGCUAUCUUUAUGUAUAUGAUAGAGAAUGUCACCAACGUGCUUUCAGGAUCGAGGGUCACGAUGAUGAUGUAAAUACUGUUGCCUUUGCUGAUAAUACUUCUCAAAUUUUGUACAGUGCAGGUGACGAUGGAUUGUGUAAGGUAUGGGAUAGGAGAACGCUUAGUGAAACAGAUCCACAUCCAGUUGGUGUAUUAGCUGGUCAUAUGGAUGGUAUUACAUAUAUUGACCCACGUGGAGAUGGUAGAUAUUUGGUUACAAACAGCAAAGACCAAACAAUCAAAUUAUGGGAUGUUCGUGCAUUCUCUGAUCAUAAUGCUGAACAGAAUACACGUAAUGCAGUUGCGAAUCAAAAUUGGGAUUACAGAUGGCAAAGAGUACCCAGAAGAUUAUACAAAGCUAAAAACAUGUUAGAAGGUGACACCAGUAUCAUGACAUAUCGUGGCCAUUAUGUUCUUCAAACCUUGAUACGUUGCCAUUUUUCUCCUUCUACUACAACAGGUCAAAGAUACAUUUAUACAGGAUGUGCUUCGGGCAGAGUUAUAAUAUAUGACGUUUUAACUGGACAGAUAGUUAAUACAUUAUUGGGUCAUAAAAAAUGUGUACGUGAUGUAAGCUGGCAUCCAUUUCAUCAAGAAAUUGUUUCAACUUCGUGGGAUGGUGCGGUAAUUAGUUGGCGAUAUUCAGGCAAAACUGGAUUUUAUCAUUUUGAAUCUGAAGAUGAAAAUGAUACGGAAACAGCACCACGUACGCUCAGACGAAGUCAACGUAUCGCUGCACAAAGAGCAAAACAUGCAACUACUUGCUGAAAAGGACCGUGAGAGUAAAUAUUUCUUGAAGAUGAUGCAGCCUUUUGUUUAAAGUUAGUGUUACUGAAGUUAACGAAAAUUGCCAUAUUUGUGGCCGAGACUGUUCUUCUAUCUAUGAGAGUAAAUUUUAUACAAGACUGAACGAAAGAUAUUUGUGUUUGUGAUCAGCGUUGUGAACAUGGUCUUAUGAUUUCUAUGGCAUAUUAUUCUCUAUUUCGAGAAGUCGUCCGUAUCUCGCUAAAAUGAGCUUCCGUUUCUAUGCCGCUUAUAUAAACAUUUUCUAUCCUGAAAAGUAAAAUUAUACGUUGCACCAUAAGACAAAAAUAUUAUAUAAUAAUAUAUAUAAAAUACUGUUACACACAGUAAGAACAAAACAUAAUACAUCGUUUACAGUUUUAGCUCUUUGAAUAUUUUUGCUGGUAAUUAUAACAGUAGAUAAAGUCAAAUAAUUAAAAAUCUUGAUUUUAUGAUUUAUUUUCUCUAUUUUAAAUUUAAAAUUUAUUAAUAUUUAAAAAAAAUAUAUAAUUUUACAAUUAAUUUUAUAAUAUAAAAUAAUUACCAGCACAUUUGCAGCCAUGCGCCUUAUUUUUAUCAAUUUCAAGUUUAAUAUUUGAAUUUAAUGAAUAUUCUCUAAACAUGUUACUUUUUCACACAUAAAAUAAGAUAAUAACAAACAAAAUUGAAGUAAAUAAAUGUAUCCGGUGCAUUGAUAAAAUCAAUCGCUAAAAAUUAACCGGUAUUGAUUUUAAUAAGUCUGUGAUUAUAUACCAACGUGACAUAGUGUGUGUGAUGACGCGUACGUUAAAAUAAAAAUUAUUCAAUUAUUUACAAUAAAGUCUGUAAUCUAAAUUGCUAAUAUUUCGUACGAUUAUAUUUCUUUUUUUCCUUAUUUUGGCCAUUAAAAGUAUUUGCAUAUUUAUAUAAUCUAAUACCUGUUUAUUUGAAUUGCAUUUUAUCUAUCACGUACGUAUAUAUAUAUAUAUAUAUAUAUAUGUAUAUAUAUAUACAGACUAACGUGUUCGAUUUAAAGUAAUGAAUGCAUAUAAAAAAGAAAUAUAUAUUCUCGACUGAAUUCUUACGUGGUUUUCUAGUUUUUACUUACAUAAACAUCACCGUUAUGACAAUGACGAUCUAGUUUUAAAUGAUGAACAUUAUCAUAGGUAUACAACGCAUUAGAAAUUGUAAGAUAAGAACAAAUUAUUUGUUUCUAGAUUUUUUUUUUAUGAGUGUAUGACAAAGUAAUAUGUAAACGUGAUCCAUUUUUUUCUUUUUUCGUUCCAAUUUAACUUUUUCAUUCAAUAAGUAGAUGUAAUCUACUUAAUAUUGUUUUACGAACGGUGUAUAAAUAUUUUUAUUUUUUAGGAGGUAAUAUAUUAUAAGUUGUUAGAAACCUUAUUGAAAUUCGUAUAAUUAUUUUCCUUGGUAAAAGAAAAGACAUUCGUAAGAAUCUAUCAAAUUUAUAUUUAUUUCGCGUAUUUAAAUGUAAAUUAUAUUUUUUUCUUCUUCUUUUCUUUACAACUUAAACGAAAAUCUUUGAUAAUGAUUCAAGGCGAAUAAUCAUAAGUUUCAAAUUAAUCAAACAGAUCAUGUGUGAUGGGUAGAUAGAAUAAUAUUCUUACUUUUCACACAUGGGGAGACGUCCUUGUGUAUUUUUCUUACAUAUGUUCUUUUUCACUUUACCAAGGUUUGGAGGAUAUCAUUUAUAAGAACAUUUGUAAUCUCCUCCUCUUGUGAUUCGUGUACAUGAUGCAUAAAUAUGGUGCAACAUCUAAGCAGUGUACAUAUGUAGACUAUAUAGUGUAUGAAUAAAAAUAUGAACAAGAAUUUCAUAAAA